AUGGGCAAAAGACGUGCGAAGGACACUGAACGACGGAACGGUCUCCUGGAGCAACAUUCGUCCUUUUCCAUACGAGAUGCGGCUCAACUGGUAUUGUUUCUGACCAGCCCUAUCGAACCGACACCGGAGAGCGAAGAAGCGGAGAUACAGUACGUGCAACCUUUCGGAAAUAAGGAGGACACGUAUCGUUUGGUGGCCUGCUAUGGAGAUCAGCACGGCAAUCGCACCUUCGUCAGGAUCGCAGAAAAUACGGCCACCGGGGCCUUAUGGGUUUGCUUUCGACCGACGAUCCUAGAAGGUCUCCCCGGUCUCCUGUUGAGGUCCUUAUGGGAUACCGCCGCGCUUUGGCCCACGAGACGCUCAGAUCGUUGCCUCGCUAACCUGUACGACAUAUGUCGUGCGGUACACAGCAAACGCUGCGGAGACCAUGGCUUAUCGUUGGCUCACCAAGGAAUGCUGAACGAAGCUAUGGAAAACACGAACGGCAGGACGCUCAUGGAUUGUUUGCGUGACGAGGUGGCGAAAGCGUUGCGACGGAAACGAAGGAAGAAUGGAACCAGCGUCAUUUUCGCCGGUUACAGUUUAGGGGCUGCACAAGCUCUCUGCGCAGCGAGCAUGCUGGUGAACCCUGUGCACUGCGUCCAGAUUGCGGGCCCCCGCGUGGCCGCCCGGGACAAAGCGGCAAACAUAGAGCGAAGGCUGUCCUCCUGCACAUACAUCGGUAUCAUGAACGACCCGGUUUCCGACAUGCCCUUUGGAGCGGAUGACAUGUCCUUAGUGGGCAGGCAGGUGUGGGUGGAUCUGUACAGUCACAGCUUUCAUGUAGGGAGUCCCGUGAGGGAGAGGACAAGGCAAAACAUGCUUCGUUUUGUGGCAGAAGUUUCCUUGGCCUUGCUGUUUGGUGUUCGGCGGGGCUUAUCGGACAUAGCAAAUGCACUUUUAGACGUGCACUUGGAAGCGGAAGAUAAGUUGUACGAGCUACUCUGCAGCGAGAGGAUUCUGAAGUCCAUCUGA